ACAGUAAACAUAAGUGUGACUGCAAUGAGUGGAAAGAAAAGAGGAGAGACAAUGACACUUGCCAUCACAACAUAUCCAGAAAGAGUAAUUUUAUUAGAAAGUGCAUCCAACACCAGCAGUGUAAGUGCAGAAUGGACAAUCAUAGAUGGCGUUGCUGAUUAUUUUGAAGUAAAUUGUUCAGAUGGGAGGCCAGUACAUCAACGAAUGUUGUUUAGUGACGCCUUUACUGCUACUUGCUCAGGUAUUGAGUCUGGACGAACAGUAAAGAUAAGUGUGACUGCAGUGAGUGGUACGAAAAGAGGAGAGACAAUGACACUCGCCAUCACAA